CGGCGGCUUUUACCCGGAGCACGGACAGGGCGGACCAUGCAGAUGAGAAUGGAGCUGGUGGAGGUCCUGAAGCGCGGCCUGCGGCAGAUCACCGGCCACGGCGGCCUGGGGGGCCUCCUACGGGUUUUCUUCAGGUCAAAUGAUAUAAGGGUUGGUACGUUGGUGGGAGAAGAUAAAUAUGGAAACAAAUACUACGAAGACAACAAGCAAUUUUUUGGCCGGCACCGCUGGGUCAUGUACACCACCGAGAUGAACGGCAAAAACACGUUCUGGGACGUGGACGGAAGCAUGGUGCCUCCUGAGUGGCACCGCUGGCUUCACUGCAUGACUGACGACCCUCCAACGACAAAACCACUGACUACUCAUAAAUUCAUCUGGACAAACCAUAAAUUCAAUGUGAGUGCCACUCCAGAGCAGUAUGUUCCUUAUUCCACUACUAGAAAGAAGAUUCAUGAAUGGGUCCCACCUUCGACACCUUACAAGUGACGACAGCGAAGACUGUCCCCGCACUUCCAGCCUAGUGCAGGAUCAUCCUAGCAGCUGACCAUGAACUCGAUUAAAAUUGCUUGACCUAGCA